GCCUCCCUCCCUCCAUCCCUCCUUCCUUCCUUCCCUCCCUCCCUCCAAGAUGGUGCGGAAGCUGAAGUACCACGAGCAGAAGCUGCUGCGGCGGCUGGAGCUGGUGAGCUGGGAGGCGGCGGGGGGGAGCCUGGCCGAGGUGAAGGCCCUGCGGCGUUACCGGCUGGCUCGGCGGGAGGACUACGUGCAGUACAAAGCCCUGGCCCGCACCGUCCGCGCCUUGGCCCGCCGCCUCCGCGACCUGGGGCCGGCCAGCGCCGCCUUCCGCGCCCGCUGCGCCGCCGCGCUGCUGGAGAAGCUGUACGGGCUGGGGCUGGUGAGCAGCCGGGGGUCGCUGGCCGCCUGCGAGAGCCUCUCGGCCUCCGCCUUCUGCCGCCGGCGCCUGCCCUGCCUGCUGGUGAAGCUGCGGAUGGCCCAGAACCUGCGCCACGCCGUCACCUUCGUGGAGCAGGGACACGUCCGCGUGGGGCCCGAGGUGGUGACCGACCCCGCGCUCCUCAUCCCCCGCGCCGUGGAGGACUUCAUCACCUGGGUGGACACCUCCCGCCUGCGGCAGAAGGUCCUGGACUACAACCAGGAACGCGACGACUUCGACCUGGCCGCCUAGGGAUGCCCUCGCUUCUCCUCCCUGCCCCGUGGGACACGCGUGGGGAUAGAGGCGCGCGGCUGGAACCGCCACGGUGCCACCAUCAGAACAUUUACCCAACUGAGACACACCUGAAAGGGGAAAACACGCUCACUAGUAUGAGCUAGGAGCAGAGCAAUGCGUUCUAGUAACCUGUUGCUCGGCUCUGAGCUCCUCGUCAUGGCCCACGGCUCUGUUCAUCCACGUGGAGAAACAUCCCGUCCACAUCCAUCGCCCCGAGAAAACAGCCCAGCUCUAUCAUACUUCCAUCCUGUAACACCGGAGUGCUUCGAAAGGUCUCUGCCCCAUGGCAGGAGGGGAUGUGGUCGGGUUUAAGUGCUUGGCUGCUAAUAAUAGCUGCUGGGAGGGUUUUUAAGCCUGGCCAAGUGGCUGUUUUAGGACUGAGUUUGGCGGCUUUGCUGCUGCUUUUCCAAGAAGUGGCCCCGCAGGUUCCUCCUUCGGCUGAUGGUCCUGCAGCAACCGGAGGAGCUGCUUCUGGAAGAGUUUUGUCUUGAUACCGAGCAAUAUGUGCAUAUACGGGGGAAACGCAGGGGUUGUUUGGGGUCAGCAGUAAACAAGGAGGCCAAGUACUGCAUUUCUGGAACUGUAAAAGUUUUAGCCAAAAACGGAAUUAAAAGGAGGGGGGAAAAAAAAAAAAAAGCCAAAUUUCUUCUCAUGUGAUGUCAUAAAGGG